AUCGCUGCCUUUUAAUUCAGUAGACAAUGGUUACCCGUGAUAUAUCCUAUACUUUGAUCAUAUCAAGUUCGUCAUGAAAGAGACAAAUAAAAUGUAGAAUGGAUAUAGUAUAUAAAAAGAAGGCUUUUCCGGCGGUAUAAACUCUCAAAUUGGAUACCCGAAAAGACAAACAUGGAUGUAUCCCGAAAAAUUAUUGCUGAAACGAAGCAGAGCCUGGAAUUAUACUGCCUUCCAUGUGAUCAAGAUGGUUUGAAAGUGUCGGUUCAUGGAUAUUGUCGAGACUGCAAGGAAUACCUCUGCAAAACUUGUUUUGAAAAUCAUACAAGGCCGAAGCCAUGUAGGAAUCACAUUCUGCUUGAUAUAAACGACAUGCCAGAUCAACGAACGACUGUUAAUAUAAAUGAAAAAGCAUAUUCCGAAAACUGCACCAACCAUAUGGAUAAACAACUGGAGUUCUAUUGUAACAAUCACAAAACUGUGGCAUGCUAUGUCUGUGUUGCACUUGAACAUAAAGAAUGUAAAGCAGAAUAUAUUCCUGAUAUGCCAGGAAACGUAUCUCGUGAGUUGACAGAUUUGGACAAAAAGGUGGAAGUAUUAGUCAAGAAAUGUGAAUAUAACAUUAUGAAGGCUUCAGCUGCUAAAAAACAACUAGAACAAAGUCACGGAAAAGUUGUUGAGGACAUACGGCUUUUUAGGAAGGAAAUAAACGACAGUUUAGAUCAGAUUGAAUCGGUGAUGAUGACAGAAGCUGAAGCUGUUGUUAAAACAGCAAACUUCAAAUUGGAGAAUAUUAUGGUUGCUUGCGAAAAAUUAGCCGGAAAGGUGACAAGUUUACAGUCAUUUCUUAACGCCUUGAUGGAGGAAAACAAGCCUCAUAAGAUUUUCACUGAAUUGAAAAAUGUCGGACCACAUUUCAUGACACUAGAGAGUGAAGAAAUACAGAUUGUCAAAGAUAAUAUGGCAUUUGACAACAUUCGAUUUGAUCGGAACGGAAAGCUACUUGAGCAGCUGAAAAGUGAGAACAGCUUUGGAACAAUUUCAACAUACAGAAAACCAUCAGCAGAUACUGAAAUAUAUGUCAAAUAUGAUAGAUCGCUCAACGUGAAAUUUCCUUCUGAUAAAUCGCAAAGUAAUGUUGUUGGGAUGGCAAUGGUUUCUUCCACUCGAAUGAUCAUUGCUGAUUAUAAUAACAACAAAAUUAAAACAAUAGAUGUAGAAACUGGAACGCUGGUGUCAGAGAAAACCCUGACUUCAGCACCACUCGAUGUUACAAAACUUCCAGAAAAUAAACUUGGCGUUGCUUUACCUAACGAAAGGUGUAUCCAGAUAAUGUCUUAUACCGAUACAAGUUUGCCUUUAGAUCGUCGCAUAGAUGUAGGAGAAAGAUUUUUUUGUGUAGCUUAUUGUCAGGACAAGCUGGUAGUGGGCAGAAAUUGUAAUCCAGGGAAGCUGGUUAUUCUUGAUUUAGACGGACAAAUCAUACAGGUGUUUGAUACUCCUGGAUUGUUUGAUGGACCUAAAAGGAUUGUUAUCAGCAGAGAUGAGAUGUUCAUGUAUGUAUCUGAUUACUCUCGUAGCAAAGAAAGCAAGUGUGUAAAGAUAGACUGGGAAGGUAAUGUUGUGCAAAGAUUUGAGGAUCAAGGAUGUGAAGGCCCUAUAGGAGUACAAGAGUUGGAAGAUGGUACUUUGUUAGUUUGCUUAUACUCAAGUCACAAAAUUGUCAGAUUGUCGAGCAGCUUCAAAGAAUGUAAAAUCACUUGAUUAGAGGACAUAAACCUUUCCUAUCAACAAAUUGUAACAUACAGUGAAAGUAAUCACACGUUAUAUGUAAGUUGUUCUUUUGAGCACGAAAAUGUUUUAAAGCAUACAAUAGAAGUAUUCAAAAUGUGAGAUGGAUAAUUGGUAUGUUUUAAAUGUGAAUAUAUGCUGCAAUGUUGUAAAUUGUAUAUGAUCAGUGAUAGUCACAUUAUAUCAUUGGGAACAUACUAAAUACAAAAUUAUAUAUCGUUAUCAAAGUUGGUUUAUCUUGGAGAUAUAAUAGAUAUCCAUCCAGUUGUUAGAAAAAUGUAUAAUAAUGAAAGAAAAUAUCUUUUUUCAAAUAACUGAUAAAUGGUGAUUGUCAUUUAUAUAUCAUUUUAAAGAACACAUUUUUUAUUACGUAUUUAC